AGGCAUCCAAACGGCACAUGCUUUUUCCAUACUUGUGGAUAUUGAGACAUAGUUUUGGUACGUGAUUACAUAUCGCAGUGUCAGUUUAAGAAAUUGUAUUGCCUGGGUUGCUUAUCGUUAUCUAAAUAAACAGCUUGUUUCUUGGCAGCACAGACGUGACAGUCCUCACGUUGUAACUUCAAUUUAACACAACUAGGGGGAGAACGAACCACACUGACAACUGUACGAGUCCCUAAAACUAGUGCAGCGAAUCCGCCACAAGAGGGCGACACGUGAACUUUUUUUCGCUGGUAACAAAGAAACAAGUUGUUUUGCUCUUUAACUGUCUUAGAAAAGUGUUGUUUGCACUUUUGUUCGACCACCUUUUGGCAAACACUUAGUUUGCAAUUCAUAUUCUUUUUGCAGUGUCACUAAUUUCUCGAGCUUGAGCUAAAAUGGUUUGCUUUUAAAUCCUUAUUUGUAUUAUCAUAUCAUGCAAAGGAAGUUCACAUACCGGUAUGCAUAUAUUUCAUAAAAAUGAUUGACAAGAAAGUAGCACAACAGCGAAGAAUGAACCAGUUUUUGUUUUUCUGAACUUCUUCACGGGGAGGUUCCUCUGGUUCGGGCAUGCUCAGUCAGCUUGUUUUUGUCUAAGAACCUGUAAGCAUCAAUCAUCCGAGCUCUCUAUCCACACCCAGUUAAGAUGUUUAUGAGCAGGCAGCGAUUCCUGCCAUAGGCCUUACAUAAUAAAAUCAGUAAGACCGCCCACACGAGUUAAAGGCCGACCAGGGAACAUGCACAGCUUCAGUUUUGUUUUGAAACUGAAGGAAGAGCAGCUUCCUUGCACUCGAAUGCACCCUCUCGCUCUUUGUUUGACUUUACACAUUUGAAGGCGACAUAUUUUAAGGGCUGCACUUGGAAAACUUUUGCAAGACCAAAGAUGAUUUUCGACAAAUUGAAAAAGUUCGACAUCGUGUUUGAUUCUCCGGAGAUGGAUAGUCCUCCGGUGUUCAGCAGUGGAGAUGUUGUCUCAGGGAAGGUUGUGCUCGAGCUCUCGGCGGAGAGUAAAGUCGAGUCGCUGAAGUUGCAUGCAGAAGGUUUCGCUAAAGUUCACUGGACCGAGUCUCGCAGCGCUGGGUCCAGCACCGCGUACACGCAGAACUACAGCGAUGAAGUGGAGUACCUGAACCGGAGAGAAGUGCUGCUGCAGGCAGAUAAUGGAGAACUGACAGUACUGCCUGCCGGGAGACACGAGUACCCUUUCAGUUUCCAGCUGCCAGAGGAAACUCUAGUGACAUCCUUUGAAGGGAAGCACGGCAGCAUUCGAUAUUGGGUGAAGGUUAAGCUGCAUCGCCCAUGGGCCACCGUCAAGAAGAUCAAGAAAGAGUUCACAGUUAUCGAGCCCAUUGACAUCAACACACCUAGUUUACUCGCACCUCAAGCUGGAACCAAAGAGAAGAUGGCCCGCAUCUGGUACCGCAACUGUGGGCAGGUGUCAAUCACUGCAAAGAUUGACCGCAAGGGCUACACACCAGGUGAAGUGAUUCCAGUCUUCGCUGAAUUCGACAACUCUACUUCUCGCUCCGUGGUGCCAAAAGCUUUCAUCACCCAGACGCAGACCUUCAUUGCCAGAGGCACCAUGAAGCAAAAACGAGCUGUGGUGGCCACAUUGUGUGGGGACAUAGUCGGCCCACACCGCAGGGAGACCUGGCACGGCCGAGCCAUCAAAAUCCCUCCUGUAGGCCCCUCCAUUCUGCAGUGUCGCAUCAUCAAAGUAGAAUAUAUGCUCAGGGUGUGUGUUGAUGUUCCUGGGACAUCCAAGCUUUCCCUGGAACUUCCGCUGGUGAUGGGCACAAUCCCUCUGCAUCCGUUCGGCAGUCGCACAUCUAGCAUCAGCAGCCAGUACAGCGUGAACAUGGAGUGGUUUCGCAUGGCCAUCCCUGAGCAACCUGAACCUCCUCCAGAAUACAGCUCUGUUGUCACAGAAGAGGAAGCGGUCCAGAAUUCCACAUCAGUCCAACCUGAAGAAGACCUCAGUGGCGUACUGCAGCGCUCCCUCAUGGCCUACGUGCAGGAGUUCAGAUUACGCCCACCUCCAGUGUACAGCGAGGUGGAUCCAAACCCUCAGCCCUUCGCCAACAUGCGUCCUCGUUGCAUGACCUGUUGAACUCUCUGCCAGCUGAGCAUCACUUGAUGUUUGAAACAAAAGCCGAGAUUUGAUUCUCCUGGACGCCUCUCUGACUGAGACUGGUACUUGUUCCUCGUAUGAGCCGUUCGCAUCUGUGCUUCCUGCAGUGGGGCCGAGAGAGGAGGAGAUGUCUGGACUAGGCGAGGCAGAGCGCUUUCAACAAACAAAGAGGACAUUCAGUACCGGGGCGAACAAAGGUUCUGCCCAUGUUUGUGUCUCAAAGAGCGACCAGACUCUGUUCUGUGCCUAGAAUGAUUCGUAGCCUGUCGCACCUGUAUGUAGAAUCAGGGAAUUUUGGGCAUGAUCACUAGAGAAUUAUGGGUGGGAAGCCAUUCAGAGAUACUACCCAUAGUGCCUUACUUUGCUGUGAAUGAGGGGUGAGUCCCUCUUAACCGGCUGCAGUCUGCCACCGUAGAUGUUAGCAGGCAUAUGUGAUGCCGUCCUCUCUCACAACUGUAUCAUCACGUACGGCACGUUUGGUGUUGAUAUAAGCCAAAGAGAUUGGUUUAAUGUUCAUGUGUGCACGGGUAAUUCUAUGCAAAAGGGAAAACUUAAAGCUUUAAAGAAAUAAUGAGGGGGAAAUUUCAAAUGUCAAUCCUGAAAGUAGUAAAUCGCAUUCUUCCCCCCCACCCCCCCUCGGAGUGGGUAAGAACAUCUCCGCUCCAACUUGAUGUUGGUGUAAGUUUCAUCUGGCUUGACAAAGGUCAAGUCUGUGACCUGGAAUGUCUUAAUGUUUUGCUGAAUGUGUCUGUAUAACCAAGGAUAACUUUUCUUUGUGCAAAAACAUUUUUCUUUGUCAUUUUUGCCAGUGGCUCGAGGUAACGAAAUGCAGGGCUAGAACAGCCCCUGACAGUGAGCUUUACAAAUAAUGGGGAAAAAGAUAGAGCCAUGUGUAUCCAAGGUGCCUUUUUCAUUUUUAUUUUUUAGAAAUAACAAUGAACGACUACAGGGAUUAUGUCACGUUAAGCUUUCCUAGUGUUACGACUCCCUGAAGUGUCCUUACAAACAUUCCAAAAAUACCACAGACUUGCUUCAUUUCCAAAUGAUGAAAAAGUGUAACUUCAGGUUUAAAGACCGUGAUUGUUUAUGGCACUCAUUUCAAAUGAAUGUAUUUUAUAGAUUUUGUUGUUAUUGAAAUUUGUGACAAGUAUAUUUUUUGUUAACCACUUUUAAGUAAAUAAAAAAAGAAAAACAUA